UAUAUUUUUGUUUUGAUUUUUUUUUUAUUAAUCCAAAUAUCAUGAUUUAAAGUAGAUAUUUAUUUUUUUUUUAUUUUUCUUUCAUCUACUAAUCUAUCUUAAAGGUUCCCUCCAAUAGUCAAUCUUUACAUUUUCUAAGGAGACCGUGCUUUCUUCUUCUUCUCCAUCUCGUCUAGGUUUUCGAUUUGCUUUCUCUCGGAUCGGGCUCAUCUACGUCGUGGUUUUGGGAUCGAGCCUUUCUUCCUGUUCUUGCAAUUCUUGGCCGGCAAUCCCGCCAAAUCUAGUCGCCUGGAGUCGUUCCGUCUUGCCCCUGGAACCAAACCUCUUUUUAUUGUCGAGUCCGAGCGGACCGCACAGUCAUGGACGGCUUCAAACUCGAUGCACCGCGGCAAUACUUUGCCACAAGCAGCCUUGUCGUUGGCUAUGCCCUCUGUUCCAGCUUGCUCUCUGUUAUCAACAAGUUUGCUAUCACAAUGUUCGAUUACCCUGGCCUCUUGACGGCAUUGCAGUACCUGACCUCCGCGGUUGGCGUUUGGGUUCUUGGGAAGCUGGGCUUUCUCUAUCAUGACCCUUUCGUCUUUGAGACGGCCAAGAAGUUUCUGCCCGCCGCUACCGUCUUUUACCUGGCCAUUUUCACAAACACCAAUCUCUUACGCCACGCUAACGUUGAUACGUUCAUAGUGUUUCGCUCCCUGACGCCUCUUCUGGUUGCCAUCGCGGAUACCAUCUUCAGAAAGCAGCCAUGCCCUUCAAGGCUCACGUUCUUUUCGCUUGUGGUUAUUCUCGGGGGCGCAGUUUGCUACGUGCUGACCGACUCAGCGUUCAAUCUCACUGCGUACUCAUGGGCGAUUGCUUAUUUGGUGACUAUUACUACCGAGAUGGUUUACAUAAAGCACAUGGUGACAAACCUAGGACUGAACACAUGGGGUUUUGUGUUCUACAAUAAUCUUCUGUCCUUAAUGAUGGCACCGGUGUUCUGGUUUGUCACUGGGGAGUAUGCAGAUGUCUUCACAGCUUAUGGAUCAAGUUCUGGGAUUUGGUUCAAUAUCAUGACUUUUGUUGCAGUAGCUUUGUCUUGUGUUUUCGGAUUUCUCAUCAGUUUCUUUGGAUUUGCGGCAAGGAAAACAAUCUCUGCUACUGCAUUUACGGUAACAGGGGUUGCCAACAAGUUUCUCACGGUGGCGAUCAAUGUAUUGAUCUGGGAUAAGCAUGCAAGCAAAAUUGGUUUGAUUUGCUUGCUUUUAACACUUGUGGGGGGAGUUCUGUAUCAGCAGUCAGUCACUAGCAAUGGGAACCUCUCACAACAGCAUGGCUCUGCAAUUUCUAAGAAGGCAAAUGGUGUGGUACGUAAUGUUGAUUCUGAAGAUGAAAGACAUGACAAGCGCCUAUCUGGGAGGGAUUCAACUGUAUGAUAUCAGUGUAAGAGAAUAUUCUUCUCAUUAUAGAGGCAAAUUUGUGCUACAGAAAGCUUGGUUAUCCUAAUAUAUGUAUGUACAUGUAAACCUUUUGCUAGGAUGUUAUAUUGAAUAGUUAUGCUAAUCUUAGCUUUCAUGGGAUACACCAGCUCGUUAUGCUGUAUGGGUUAAUUGCAUAAUCAUCCGAAACUUCACCCGAACCUUACUUAAGGUGUUUCCUUUCUGGAACAUAUUCUGAAGUUUUAUAGAACAGCCCUUAUGCAAUAAGCAUUAAGCAGUUUGAUAUCAACUACAGGUUUUCUCUUUGUUUAAGAUGCUUUGGUAUGUAAACCAUAUUUUAGAUUCUUGAAGACCAUAUGAUCCGAGGUAUCAGGAAUUUGCACUACCAGGACGAAAUCCAUACUUCUGCUUCAUGUAAGUGGUAAAUCAAUAUUUAGUAGUUUUUAAAAUUUGUCAUGUCUAAGCUAACAAACUUCUGGAUUAGUUCUGAAAAUAUAUCUGUUCUCCAAUGCACAAAACAACCCAGAUCUAACAGAAGUCCAUAUUAUCUCUAGUUUUCUAUCUGUGGUGGUGCAAAGUGGUAAAAAGAAGCAAGUAGAAAUCCAAGGUGCUUACAUGUUUAGAUGUUUUUAUGUCAAACCAUAAACAAUCUUAUUUCUUUAAGAAUCAUGUUUCAUCUCCUUUGUUAUUCAUAUAGUUUAAUGUCAGGUAUCUUUUCUGAAAUCUACAUAUCCUAAAACCAGGAUGGAUUUCCGAGUUCAAUGCCACGCAACAUUUUUUAAUAUUUAACUCUUGUGAUGUACAACAGCUAGCUUUUGUUCACUGGAAAAAAGGGGCCAGAAAUGAGUUCUAACUUCUAAUCUGAACACUAUUCUUCCUUUAAUGGGCCAACCUCAUCAGUGACCUUGCAAGGUGAACAUGAAACUAUGGUGGAGGCAUGCUUGGUAAGGUACUACUCAGAAAUAUAAGAAUAAAUAUGUUAAUAUUGGCAGCAAUUAUUAUUUUCAGAUUGUAAUUAGAAAACAAAUAAGGAUGACAAUGUUCUUGAAUUAAGAGAGUGGUCUAUGAAUAUAGAUAUCUGAUGACUUAGGAUAGACCCCCAAAAAGUAGUACUUUUAAGGUAUUGUUUGGGGUAGGUGGUCCAUGGCAUUUCAUGUGUCAUGAUCCAAGCAAGAUUAGUUAGACAUUACAUGAUGGAAGAAUCAUUUACAAAAAUCAUAGUAAAAGAAUCUAGUUUGCAGUAGUGUUAAGUGGUUUAACUAGGUCCGGCUAAUGUAUGAACUUUUGAAUGAGUACCAAGUGCAUGAAAUUAUUUUUUAAGCAUUAGACAGUAUUUUAAUUUUGUUUUGCCUCUUGGCCAACAAUAUGAACAUCAUUCUUAAAUGAAGACUGGUUUGGAGAAAUAUAUUCUGAUACAUCUGUGAUGAGAACCUUUUUUGUGGUAGUUUUUUCAAAGUAAGUUAACAAAAGCUUGUGUUUUGUUGCUGCGUUUUAGUUGAUGUCUAUGAUACUACGAUACUACAUUUUUUUUUGUGGUAUGAGGAAAU